AUGGCAACCCACUCUUCCCGGACGCCGUCAUAUGAUCUUGAAAACUCUACCUCCUACACUCCCAUCCCCGACAAACCCGCCGCCGCCUCCGCUCCGGCUGGCCACUGGAGAUCCAAGAAGCUUUUCGCCGGCAUUCUCGUUUCAUCUUUUCUCUUACUCUCGUUAGUUCUUCUGUCUGUUAACCAGCAACCGGAUCUUCAGACCAACGUCAAUGGCACCAAUCAAGAAAACUUUUCAACUCCCAAAUCCAUAUUUCCGACAGCUCGAACUUCACCGCCGUCAAGAGGGGUGUCGCAGGGUGUGUCGGAGAAGACUUUCCAGCUGACGGGCGGUGAAAAUGCAACCUACUCGUGGACAAAUGUUAUGCUCUCUUGGCAACGAACGGCUUACCAUUUUCAACCAGAACACAAUUGGAUGAAUGAUCCAAAUGGUCCAUUAUAUCACAAGGGAUGGUACCAUUUGUUCUAUCAAUACAAUCCAGAUUCAGCUGUAUGGGGGAAUAUUUCAUGGGGCCAUGCCGUAUCAAAGGAUCUUAUCCAUUGGCUCUACCUACCCUUUGCAAUGGUCCCUGAUCAUUGGUACGAUAUCAAUGGAGUCUGGAGUGGGUCCGCCACAAUCCUUCCUGACGGUCAGAUUGUGAUGCUUUACACCGGAGACACGUAUGAUGUUGUGCAGGUGCAGUGUUUAGCGUACCCUGCCAACCUAUCUGAUCCGCUUCUCCUUGAUUGGGUCAAGUAUUCGGGUAAUCCGGUUCUGGUUCCCCCGCCUGGUAUUGGAGCAAAGGACUUUAGGGACCCGACUACCGCUUGGCUUACCCCGGAUGGUGAUAAAUGGCGGAUCAUGAUUGGAUCCAAGGUUAAUACAACGGGUAUUUCCCUUGUGUAUGAAACUGUUGAUUUCAGAAGUUAUGAUAUGCUAGAUGGUUAUUUGCAUGCAGUUCCGGGUACGGGUAUGUGGGAGUGUGUGGACUUUUUCCCGGUUUCGAUGACGGAGGUAAACGGGUUGGACACAUCUGUAAACGGGCCGGGUGUUAAGCAUGUGCUGAAAGCAAGUUUGGACGAUGACAAGAAUGAUUAUUAUGCACUUGGUGUAUAUGAUCCGUUUGAGAAUAAGUGGAUACCGGAUGACCCGGAAUUGGAUGUGGGUAUUGGGUUAAGAUAUGAUUAUGGAAAAUAUUAUGCUUCAAAGUCAUUUUAUGAUCAGAUUAAGCAGAGGAGAAUUUUGUGGGGUUGGAUUAGAGAAACUGAUAGUGAAGAUGAUGAUUCGAUUCCUAGAACCAUUGUAUUCGACCAGAAGACAGGUAGUAAUAUAAUUCAAUGGCCUGUGGGCGAAGUGGAAGAAUUGAGAUCAGAAAGUGCCGAAUUUGAUAAUGUGAAGCUUGGACCGGGAUCCAUUGUUCCCCUUAGAGUUGACACACCUUCACAGUUGGACAUAGUUGCCUCAUUUGAAAUUGAUAAGGAUGCAUUCGAAGGAACAGUUGAAGCUAAUGUUGAUGCUAGUUACAGUUGCCCAACAAGUGGUGGUGCUGCUAAUAGGGGGAAAUUGGGACCAUUUGGCAUUAUCGUUCUUGCUGAUGAAAUGCUAUCAGAGGGAACCCCUAUCUACUUCUACGUUACCAAAGGGGCUAAUGGAAAGGUUGAAACCCAUUUUUGUGCUGAUGAAUUGAGAUCAUCAGAGGCUCCUGAUGUUGCUAAAGUAGUGUAUGGGAGCCAAGUCCCUGUCAUUGAUGGUGAAAAAUACUCACUGAGAUCAUUGGUUGAUCACUCCAUCGUGGAGAGCUUUGCUCAAGGAGGCAGAACAGUUAUAACUUCGCGAAUAUAUCCAACAAAGGCCAUAAAUGGAGCUGCACGAGUUUUCUUGUUUAACAAUGCGACUGGAGUGAGUGUCACAGCAUCUGGAAAGAUAUGGAACAUGGAUUCUGCUGAUAUCAGUCGUUUCCCCUUCAAUCAGUUCUGA